UUUACUCCCAGCUCCGUCGCAUCACAGACAAGUGCUAGGAUUUUCGUACGCUGAAUCUUCUGUGUUAAAUUUAAGGAUCAGCCAAAGCCUUUUUACUCAAGAUGAGGGAAUGCAUUUCGGUUCACAUUGGACAAGCUGGCGUCCAGAUUGGCAAUGCCUGCUGGGAACUCUAUUGCCUGGAGCAUGGAAUCCAGCCUGAUGGCCAUAUGCCCUCCGAUAAGACCGUCGGCGGUGGCGAUGACUCCUUCAACACCUUCUUUAGCGAGACCGGAGCUGGUAAGCACGUGCCCCGCGCCGUGUUCGUGGAUCUGGAGCCCACGGUCGUCGAUGAGGUUCGCACUGGCACCUACAGGCAGCUGUUCCAUCCCGAACAGCUGAUCACUGGCAAGGAGGAUGCAGCUAAUAACUAUGCCCGUGGCCACUACACCAUUGGCAAGGAAAUUGUCGAUUUGGUGCUGGACAGGAUCCGCAAGUUGGCCGAUCAGUGCACUGGCCUGCAGGGAUUCCUGGUGUUCCAUUCCUUUGGCGGAGGCACUGGCUCUGGCUUCACCUCUCUGCUGAUGGAGCGUCUGUCCGUGGACUAUGGCAAGAAAUCUAAGCUGGAGUUUUCGAUCUAUCCAGCUCCACAAGUAUCCACCGCCGUGGUCGAGCCAUACAACUCGAUCUUAACCACCCACACCACGCUGGAGCACUCGGACUGUGCAUUUAUGGUAGACAACGAGGCCAUCUAUGACAUCUGCCGGCGCAACUUGGAUAUCGAGCGACCCACCUACAUGAACCUCAAUCGCCUAAUUGGUCAGAUCGUUUCCUCCAUCACGGCCUCGUUGCGCUUCGAUGGCGCCCUGAAUGUGGAUCUCACCGAGUUCCAGACCAAUUUGGUGCCCUACCCACGCAUUCACUUCCCCCUGGCCACAUAUGCGCCCGUCAUUUCCGUCGAGAAGGCCUACCACGAGCAAUUAACCGUCGCCGAGAUCACCAACGCGUGCUUCGAGCCCGCCAACCAGAUGGUGAAGUGCGAUCCCCGUCGCGGAAAGUACAUGGCCUGCUGCAUGCUCUAUCGCGGCGAUGUCGUGCCCAAGGAUGUCAAUGCUGCGAUCGCCACCAUCAAGACGAAGCGCUCCAUCCAGUUUGUAGACUGGUGCCCCACUGGCUUCAAGGUCGGCAUCAACUACCAGCCACCCACCGUGGUGCCUGGCGGCGAUCUGGCCAAGGUGCAGCGCGCCGUGUGCAUGCUGUCCAACACCACGGCCAUUGCCGAGGCCUGGGCCCGUCUGGAUCAUAAGUUCGAUCUGAUGUACGCCAAGCGGGCCUUCGUCCACUGGUACGUCGGCGAGGGCAUGGAGGAGGGCGAGUUCUCCGAGGCCCGUGAGGAUCUGGCUGCCCUGGAGAAGGACUACGAGGAGGUGGGCAUUGACUCCACCACCGAGCUGGGUGAAGAUGAGGAAUACUGAGUGAUGAAUUCCGAAUUUGGAAAGGACCUACAUAAACAUUAAACUUCACCUUACGUAUAUCAAAUCCACAAGCAUGAAUAUGAGCAAUAAAAAUGAUAACACAAGCA